AUGAAUGCCGAGAUUCAAGUGGGACCAAUCCGUUGCAAGAUUCGAGUUGGUUUGGACUCCUUUGCCGCCCAUUCCUAUGUAAGAAAAAAUAUUGUGGAACAAGUGGGCAUCCCGGUGCUGGAGAGCAUUCCAAUGGAGGUUCACGGGCUUGGGGGAACAGUCUCGAAGGGAAAGGCUGACGUGGUUCAGUUCGACCUCGUUUCCAAUGAUGGUGCAAAUUCGAGCAUUAAAGUCAAUGCGGUAGUUAAGGCUGACAAGAUCUGCUCCCCACUACCCCCGAUUGAUUUGGGUUCAGAGGAGUUAGCCUGCCUCUACAAAUACGAUUUGCCAAGUGAAUCUCCCGGAUCAGAAGUGAUAGCUGAUGUGCUGCUGGGGGCUGAUUACUGCUGGCGCGUGCAAAAACCAAGGGGAGGAAUAUUCGUUCUCGAGGUGCAUGCUGGUCACUACCCCGGGGCCGAAAUAUGGUUCAAUGGAACAUUAAACCCAGGGCUUGAUGCCUUAGAUCACAUGAUGGAGAAAUUCUGGACCUUGGAGAGCGUCGGGAUCAUGGACAAAGGAUUGGUUCAUACCGAAGAAGACCAACUUGCGUUAGAUCUGUUUGAAAAAUCGUUAAAGAGAUGUGAUGACGGGCAUUACGAAGUCGGAUUACCCUUUAAAAAGGAUCGUGUUCGUUUGGAAAAUAAUUAUAUCCAGGCCAAACGGUUGCUGGAGUCCACAGAAAAACGUUUCGAUAAGUGCCCGGAGCUUAAAAUUCAAUACUGCAAAGCCAUGAAGGAAUACGAAGAAAACGGAUAUGCAAGAGAAGUGAGUCGGGCCGAGAUUGAGGAUUUGAAAAACGAAGAAGUGUUCUUUAUUCCCCAUCAUGGAGUUGCUCGUACUGGAAGUGUGUCUACGGCGUUGCGUGUGGUUUUCAAUGCGAGCUCGCCUGACAGAAACGGAGUUUCCUUGAACGAUCUACUCCUACCUGGCCCCCCACUCCAGAACGACAUUGUAGCAAAAAUCAUGAUCCAAGAGCUAUGGAUACUGGGAGUUUCUUGGGAUGAGGUCAUUGAGGGAGAGAUUGCUCAAGCUUUCAUCAAGUGGUGUGAGGAGAUCCCUCUUUUGUCAGAAAUCAAAAUACCUCGGAUUGGAAGUACAAUUGAAAAACAAGGAAUUCAGUUGGUGGGGUUUGGCGAUGCAAGUGAAUCCGCUUAUGGAGCAGUCAUAUAUGCUGUGAUAGCAAAUCACACCCGAAACUCCAGAGUCACGUUCAUGAUCGCUAAAACGAGAGUUGCACCGAUCAAGUUCAAAUCCAUUGCUAGACUGGAACUUCUGGCUGCCCAUCUGUUGUGUCGGUUGAUGAAGUACGUGAGUGAUGCCCUGGAGAGUCGCGUGGUUACAAGGACAUAA